AAUCACCAGAAGCGCAGCGUUACAGAAGACCACGCAGAAAUGGGAACCGCAAAUCUACAGAUCUGCGCUUGGGACGCUAUCGCUUGGGAGCAAACGCACGCGCGUACAACCGGUAACCGGAGGAUCAACGGUGAGGAGAGACAUCAUGAAGACACCGAAACUCGCGAGUGCACGAGCGCACGCUGACAUCUAAAGAUAGAAAAGUCAGAAUUUCUCCUCCACGCUUCAGCGUCAUUCCUGUGGACUUCUUUCUUUCCUUUUUUUUACAUUCACAGCAGUGAGAUGACAGGGAUGGAGGUUGACCGUUUCCGUUUGAUCUCCUGAGAGAGAAUGCGAUAAUAACGCAAAAAAACCCCGCCACGGAUGCAAUAUUCGGUGCAUUCGUUCGGGUUUCGUGCACGUUCCGGGACAUUACUGUGGUGGAUCUCGUCGUCGCUGCUGCUGCUGCUGCUGUUCAACGCCAUGGGCUGCAUCCAGAGCCUCAGGUGCAAGCCUAAGAGUUUCCGCGAGAGCAUCGUCGUGCUCGAGGUGACCGCCUCCAUUGAUCCGAACCCCACCAGCAUCGACGAGUCCUCGAGCGUCGUCCUGCGCUACCGGACGCCGCACUUCCGCGCCACCGCGCGCGUUCUCGUGCCCCCGGUGGCCGCCAAGGAGACAUGGACGGUGGGCUGGAUCCAGGCGUGCAACCACAUGGAGUUUUACAACCGAUACGGAGCCGAGGGCAUGUCGAGCUGGGAGCUUCCGGAUCUCCGUGAUGGUAAAAUCAAAGCCAUCAGCGACUCGGACGGCGUGAACUACCCCUGGUACGGGAACACCACGGAGACCUGCACCGUCGUGGGUCCAACCAAGAAAGACACCAAAUUCACCGUCAGCAUGAACGACAAUUUCUACCCGAGCGUGACGUGGGGCAUCCCUGUGAGUGAGAGCAACGUGCCCAUGCUGAGCAACAUAUGGAGGGACCAGAGUUUCACCACGUGGCUGGUGGCCAUCAACCAGGCAUCAGGAGAGUUGGUGGUGCUGCAGACGGUGCGCUGGCGCAUGCGGCUGCACAUCGAGGUGGAUCCGGACAAACCGCUGGGGAAACGAGCCAAGCUUCUGGAGCCUGUCGCUCAGGAACAGCCGCAACUGCUGGGAAAAAACGAGCCGAUCCCGUCCAACGCCAUGGUCAAACCCAACGCCAACGACGCACAAGUCCUCAUGUGGAGGCCCAGGACUGGAGUUCCAGUGGUGGUCAUCCCUCCUAAAUACUGAGCACAUUUUUUUAAUAUUUUUUUAAAAAAUGGAAAUAAUUUUUGCUGCAGUGGAAACACAAGCGAGGAGCUGAGCAGCGUUUCUUAUUACAGAAAUGGUCGGGAUCACUGUGCUAAAUGAGGCCAUUGCAAAAAAGAAAAACAAAAAACAACAAUUUUUUUCAGUGUGUUUCGCAUUGGAACGUACCAUUGUAUUUAUUUAUUGGGGGAGCGUAACUGCGUGGUUCAGUUUUUGUGUUAAGUAUCGAUGCUUUCAGAGUUUUAUACAAGAGAAGACAUUGAAUCCAUGCUGCCUUAAGUUUACAUCGCUUUCUUCUGCAAAAAAGCUUUUAGCCUUAACCAAACACACACACACACACAACACAGUAAAGCCUCAUCCAUCCACGCUUCAUGAUCACGCUAUAAAGGACUGUGUUGAUUUUAUUACUUCUAUAAUAUUUUUUUAAGGCACACAGGGUUUAUACGGAUAUGUUUUAUGUUUCGAGGCUAGCAGUAACCCCACCAGACAGUUUGGGUCAUUUUGGCUUGAUUUAUUCUCUGUAGACUAAAAGAAAACUUUAUCAGAGUGAAUUAGAGAAACAGUCCUGAAUCUUCUGGAUGUCCUUCGAGUGCAGAGAUUCUGCCACCGAAUCGUAACGAGAGCCGCGUUCUGUUUCUGAUCAAAACCACGUCACCUUCAUCAGCACCCGACGAAACGAGAGAAAAUGACACACACACACAAAACCAACGACCCCCCCUCACACCCCCACAUUCGUCUACAAUUGAAAUGUUUAAAAGUGAUAAUGUUUUUUCAUUUUUCACUUUUUUUCGUUUUAGUUCUCUGCUUUUGUGCAAAUGAGUUCCUCUAGAACACGAACCCUCUCACACAGACGUCUGAUCGAUACGCUCAUUAAAAAUUGAUCACGUGUGCUGACAGAAAGAAAACUGCUCUCUGUAAAACAAGCUGAAGGACACGAUGAUGCAAACGCCAUGAAAAAGAAUAAAACACUCAGUGUUGUACAGUUAGAGGAAAAUAAUCAACGAGAGAAAGAAAGAGAGAGGGGGAGGGGGGGAACUACAGUGAGCUGAUUAGUUUCCUCUAACAACCGCGUUUUAUUUCUCGAUCACAGAAAAUCUUCGAGUUUUACUGGUUACUUUAUAUGUUUCCAGUCACAUGACGUGCUGAAAUAAGUUUGUCAAUUUAUUUUCUUUUUAAAUUAAAUAUUGAUAUUAUUAUUUUCAGGAGGCAAAUGAAACCAAUUAAAGCCUAAAAUUGAUUUGUAAACAUUUAAUUAAUUCCAGGCGUGAUCGUCCUACGGUUUAAAUCCAGCUGGACUUCAGAAACACUCAAUAAAUAAAUUAUAGACAACAAAAAAAAAAAACCCUGAAAAAUCUAAAAAAAUUCCAAACGCAAUUAAUUUCGUAAUCUUUCGUUCUCUAUAAAACUCCGGGUCGUGUCCGAAGUGAUUGACUUUAAAGCAGAGACGAUAAUUAAAUAACAGAAGGGAUGCGUCGAUGGCGAUCUGUUAGUUAAAACUAAGGGGUUUUUUGAGGGCGGUUUUCUCCAGAAAGUUCCGCAGGUCAGAUGAAUUCUCACUCCCUCUUCGGUCUCUGUAACCGUGAUGAAACCCAAAACUCACAAACUUCCCUGCUGCUCAUUUAAGGUCUGAAACUGACGGUCCGACUUCAGGAACCUGAGCAGCAGCAGAGACGAAUAAACGUCUUCGUGUCCUGAGGAGUUUAUGACAUACGCCGUGUUUAUUAAGUCAAAGUUGUUUGUUAGACUUCCUCCGAUUUAUUUACGUCCCUGUUUACGAUGCUGCCGAGUUCUGACCUCUGAUUGGUCAGAAACUGUGGAUUUUAAUUUAACAGUCAUUUUCAAUACCUGCAGCUCUGACGAUCACAGCUUUAAAUUUUUUCGUAAAACGUCAGCGUUUCUAUAGCAACGGCUCGUUCACUGGGCCAGUUUACGGAGAGAGACGGUUUACGAGUGAAACACGCAGCUGUAACUAAAAACAGGUGAAAAAAAAACAGUGCUUUAUUCGGCAGGAUGAUGUGGUGUAAGAGGAAUAAAACAUUAUGACAUUAAUCCUCAUGGAUUAUUUUCCUUUACAGCACAUCACCCUGAUGAACUGGGCCUUAAUGAGCAUUUACUGAAUAAGGGAAUUACAGAAAAGCAGAAAGUGUGUGGAGGACGGAGCGCUGGCCAUAUGCAGCUCGCACAGUUAUUCUGAUGAAACUAGAGCAGAGAGAGGGGGGGGGUGAGAGAGGGAGAGAGAGGGGGGGAGAGGUGAGAGAGGGAGAGGGGGGUAGAGGGAGAGAGAGGUGAGAGAGGGAGAAAGAGAGAGAGGGGGAGAGAGAGGUGAGAGAGAGGGGGAGAGAGAGAGGUGAGAGAGAGGGGGAGAGAGAGAGAGAGAGGGGCAGAGGGAGACUCGAGCAGCAUCCUAAUUCCAGCAGAGUGAAUGGAGGUGAUGUUCAUGCUGCAGAGGAAAAAACUAUUUUUCAUCCUAAACUCAAACGAUGAAGAGAGCAUCACACAGAACUCACUCUCACACACACUCUCACACACUCACUCUCACACUCACUCGCACACACACACACUCACUCACACACACACUCACUCACACAGAACUCACUCACACUCACUCUCACUGUUACUCUUGGGAUACAUUACAGAUGUAAUAUUUAACGUGUUUUGUGAUGAACAAUGCAGCGUCUCAGUGUGGAAGCAGAGAAAAGCUACUUCUAUCUCUAACAGAUGAAAUCCCACAGCUUCCAAACAUCUCCAUCUUACAUAGACUUUGUCAAUGAUUCCAGUAGUUAAAACUCAUGAUAGUCUUUACACUCUCUCUCUCACACACACACACACACACACACACAACUCAUUUAUAAAUAACACUCUGCCAGGAGGCUGAGAGACAAGAGCUGCAACCCCCCCCAAAAAAAUCCCCACAUUAUAUGCAAAGUGAAAAUAUCUUGAAUAUCAUCUGAUUAUUUCAGUAUUUAUCUGUUUGAACAAACCCAAAUAAAGGACCAGACUCUCUCCA